AUGUCUAAUUACACCCAGCUCACCCCUCAGACUGCGCAGCCGCAGGCCACCGUCCUGUGCUGCAACUGUGGUGUGCCGAUGGACGGGUCCACGGGGCUCGUCAUGUGCUACGACUGCAUCAAGCUGAACGUGGACAUCACUGCGGGAAUCCCUAGAGAGGCAAACAUCUCCUUUUGUCGUAACUGCGAGCGGUUUUUGCAGCCGCCACAGCAGUGGAUGCGGGCCGAGCUCGAGAGCAGAGAACUGCUCGCGAUCUGUUUGCGCAGACUGAAAGGUCUGAACAAGGUGAGACUCAUAGAUGCCUCGUUUAUCUGGACAGAGCCGCAUUCGAGAAGAAUCCGCAUCAAGCUGACCGUCCAGGGCGAGGCGCUGACCAACACGAUCGUCCAGCAGAGUUUCGAGGUCGAAUACGUCGUCGUGGCGAUGCAGUGUCCCGACUGCGCCAAGUCGUAUACCGCCAACACCUGGCGUGCUGCCGUCCAGAUCAGACAGAAAGUGCAGCACAAGAGAACGUUUCUGUACCUGGAGCAGCUGAUUUUGAAACACAACGCACACAUGGACACGAUCUCCAUCAAAGAGUCGAAAGACGGACUGGACUUCUACUACUCGCAGCGGAACCAUGCCGCCAAGAUGAUCGAUUUCCUGAAUAGCGUGGUGCCGAUCAAGUCGAAGAAAAGUGAGGAGCUGAUCAGCCAGGAUAUUCACUCCGGCACGUCGCAGUACAAGUUCACGUUUUCUGUCGAGAUUGUGCCGAUUUGUAAGGACGAUCUCGUGGUGCUGCCCAAGAAGCUGGCCAAGUCCAUGGGAGACAUGGCUCGGCUGGUGCUGUGCUCCAAGGUGAGCAACAUGGUGCAAUUUGUUGACCCCGUUUCGCUGCAGACCGGCGACCUGUUGGCACAGGUGUUCUGGCGCACACCGUUUGUGGCUCUUGCAGACGUCACCCAGAUGGUGGAGUUCAUUGUGCUCGACGUGGAGCCGACGGGCCAGCGCAACGGGAAAUGGCUUCUGGCCGACAUCACGGUGGCCCGUGCCAGCGACAUGGGCUCAAAUGACCAGGAGUACUAUGUGCGGUCGCAUUUGGGCGGAAUUCUGCACCCUGGCGACUCUGCUCUGGGCUACUUCCUCACCAACUCGAACUUCAACAACGAGCUGUUCGACGAGCUCAACACAGACACGAUUCCGGACGUGGUGCUGGUGAAGAAACACUACGUGCGCUCGAAUAAGCGGAUGAAGCACAGAAACUGGAAGCUCAAGAGAAUGGCCAACGAGCACAAAGACCUGGUGGCUGACGAGAUCGUCGACUCGAGACAGGCCAGACAGGAGGCAGAGAAGGCAGAGAGGGACUACGAGCUGUUCCUGCAGGAGCUGGAGGAGGACCAGGAGCUCAGAAAGACUGUCAACCUGUACAGAGCCGAGAACAAGCCUGUUGAGGAGGACGACAUGGAGGAGGAGGACGAUGCUCCUCAGAUCGACAUUGACGAGCUGUUGGACGAAUUGGACGAGAUGAACCUUGGUUGA